GGCAACUGUGUGGUUGUCCAGCAGAAUGUUCAAACAGGAAAUGAUAGAACGUCUGACGUAACGGUCACGUGGGGGUGCGUACAGGCACGAUGCUGUUGUAGCUAAAAUGAUGGACAUAGUAAGAUAUUAAGGUCAGUUACACUAAUUUUCCAAAUCAAAAGCUCAUAAUAUGAAUGUGUCUGCUACUGGGACUUUAUUAGUAAGGUCGCAAUGUCCUUACCACGGGAGGAAUGCGCCAUCACUAAUCAUCUUCACCUGUAGCCGCCUGCACAGUACUGGACAAGCGCCCAAACAAGCUAACCAAACGAAGAGGGCCAGCUUCAGCCCUUCCUCCAGCUCAAAGCAUGACUGGAUUGGCCCGGCAGACCGCCUGUCAAACCUGCGGCCAAUCAUCUACCAUAUACCUGAGAACGAAACGCCCCUCGAACGGAGACUCAGGCACCUGCGGCAGGAGACAGAAGACUGGAACCAUCAGUUCUGGACCAAUCAGAACAUCACAUUCAACAAGCAAAAAGAGGAGUACGUGCUGACGCAGCUGAAGGCCAAAGGCCAGGAGGAGCGGGAUGACAAAGGGAAGAAGCGCACUCUGUCCAGUGAGGACAUGGCGGUGUUCUAUAAACACUUCCUGGACAAGAACUUCAAAAGGCACGCAGACUACAACAGAGAGUGGUACAGACGGAACUUCACCAUCACACUGCUGAUGGCCCGCGUGGCCCUGCUCAGGACCUGGAGACGGCUGAGGGGAGGGGGGCCUGCCGUCUGACCCCCCACACACACAUACAGGACAGCCCAUUAGCCCAUCAUCUACACGGUGCUCUGUGAACGCCCCCCAACCCAUCAAAGACCCGUUCUGUAUGAACGCUCCACUGUGUGCAAUGAGAACGCAUCCAGGAGGAGCUCGCGGAACUCUUUGUCCGUCUACACAGAGUUAUAAGGGAAUGGUCCAAUCAGCUGCCCAGGCACACAGCCCCACCAACAUGUUGGAGAGGCUCUGUGUGUGUGAGUGAGAGAGAGUCUGUGAGUGUGUGAGGAGUGAGCGAGUGUUAUAUUAUUGUCUCAUGCUUGUGGUCCUUCAGCAGCCUUCCUCACUGAAGUCCUUUUGCAUGUUUGACUGCCCAGGUGUGAUGGUCAGAUGUAAGUGUGCUGAUACGCCUGUGUUGACUCACACAUGCCAGACUGUGUGACUGUGUGACACUACCUGGGGGCUGUAGUACGAGGCAAGGUUACUGGCUUACUCGGGUAACUUCAGGAGGAACUACUGAUCUCCGAACAACACUCUUGGUUCGCUCAAUAGCUGGUCAGUGCACUGUGUGUUUUAGAGAUUAGCAGUUACUCCCAAAGCUAACCUCGCUUCCUAGCACAGCCCUCUGAAGCCUUUCAUAUGCGGAGCCUCUCUGAGCUGUUAACGGUUAACUGUGUCUUAUGACCGGCAUGAGAUCUUUUGCAGGGAGGACCCCCACACAGGAAGGGUAGAAUUAUCCCCCUCUAAGUGGUAGUGUGUGUAGUAGGGGUUUUGUGCAAAGGACUGAACUUAAUCCUAUUACUGGCCCUCUCAAAGGCUGGAUUUAUUGGAGGAUCUCCUGCUUUAUGUAUUCAUUUGAUGCUUGAAAUACAUUUAUGUUAAAGUAAAUAAACAAAUGUUAAGAAUG